CCCUGAGUAUCACAAGGCCCAUAUCCAUAACUGAGAAAAACCCUAGAAAUGUUUUCAACUUCGCUGCGUUAAAUAUGAGCAAUCGCGGCACAGUUUUCUUCGAAGACCCAGAGUCUCAGAGCUGCAAUGGGGAUCGAUCUCAAGGCUGGGGGUAAGAGCAAGAAGACAAAACGAAUAGCACCAAAAUCCAAUGAUAUCUACCUCAAGCUUCUUGUCAAGCUAUAUCGCUUCCUUGUGCGAAGGACUGGCAGCAAUUUCAAUGCUGUGAUACUCAAGCGAUUGUUUAUGAGUAAAGUUAACAAGCCUCCAAUUUCUUUGUCAAGAUUGAUUAAGUAUGCCAAAGGGAAGGAGGAUAAAGUUGUUGUUAUAGUGGGGACUGUAACCGAUGAUAUUAGAGUUUAUGAAGUUCCAGCCCUAAAAGUUACAGCACUUAGGUUCACAGAGACAGCAAGAGCAAGAAUUGAAAAGGCAGGUGGUGAAUGCUUGACAUUCGAUCAGCUUGCACUCAGGGCUCCUUUGGGUCAGAACACGGUCCUUCUUAGAGGGCCAAAGAAUGCUCGGGAAGCUGUGAAGCACUUUGGUCCUGCUCCUGGUGUGCCACACAGCCAUACCAAGCCUUAUGUAAGAUCUAAGGGGAGGAAAUUUGAGAUGGCUAGAGGAAAGAGAAACAGCAAAGGAUUUAGGGUUUAAGUUGAUUAUGUUGUGCCAUUUUUGUGUUAUUACUUCUAAAAUCCAACUUUUUGCUCUAUAGGCAUUGAUGUAUUGAUGACAAUUUUUUAUUAUAUCUCACAAGGAUUUUUACUAUGGA